CAACAAUUGAAUGACAUUCAUAUCCGAGUAUCAUAUGAUCAAUAGAUUUACUAAUGUCUUUUUGUUGUUGUUGUUGUACAGAUCAACUUACUGAUUAGUAUAUAAUAUAUAUAUAUAUAACUCUAAUGUGUUAUUUGCUUUCAUUGUUAACUUCCAUACGAUAGACUCAGCGUAGACUGAUUCACGGAGAUUCUAAGAGGAAAGAAACCCAUAUACAAAGAUAUACAAAACAUGAACACUGUUACUUGGAAAUUCAUUUAUAUCUUUGCUAUUCUCUUAUCAUUUAGUCUUUAUAUUGAAUAUACAAGCGCUGGGAGUAUGUUUGGUGAUGAGACAACUAACACAACUCCAAAGAUGACAACAACAACAGCAAGAAGACCUAUGUCUGGUGCUACAAUGGAGAGGGCAUAUUACACUGUAAUCGGUUCUGUUCUGAUUGCAAUUGCAGUAUGCCGGUAUUCAAUCUAAUAAUAAUAUUAUGUUUCAAAUGAGAAGAUGAAGACGAUGAUGGUGAUGAAGACUAAUAACCAUUUGAAAACAUUAGAAUUCUUUAGAACGGUUUCUUUUCAUUGAUGAUUAAUGAAAUGUGUUUUGAUUUGAUAAUAAUAAUCUUUAAUGAAUU